AUGUGGAGCUCCAGAGUCCGACAACCCGCUAUACGGUGUCUUCAAGGCACUACAGCUUCCGCCAGCUCCUUUGCGAGGCGACGCGCCGCGCCCGCUCCGUCUGGCGGUCCCCGGAAUACCAUUCGAAGGCCGCCGCCCAUUCGAAGAGACCCAGAACCUUCAGAUGCCCCGACAGGAAACACCGGCGCGCCUGUUGAAGACUACGAUCCCGCACAGAACACGCUGCUCUCACCCGUUUAUAUCCCUGAAGACCCGAAUGGUGUGCUCAAGGAAUCGCAUCCCGCCACUGGGAUCCUCGCGAAUUCUGGACUUGUCGUGCAACGGCAGCUCGAGUUGAUGAAUGUGAUGAUUGGCUUUGAACAAGCGAAUAAGUACGUUAUUCUCGAUGCCGCAGGUAACCAUGUUGGAUACAUGGCGGAACAGGAGAAGGGGAUUGCAAGCAUGAUGAUGCGACAAUGGUUCCGUACACACCGUGGCUUCGUGACGCAUGUAUUUGAUAGGCACGAGAAUGAAGUGCUCCGUUUUCAUCGACCAUUUUCAUGGAUCAACUCGCGGAUUCGAGUCUAUGACCCCGUUGAUGCUGCCAGUCAUACCGCAUAUUCUGCCUCCGCUGCUCUCCAAUAUAACAACCCCAGUGCUCUUGCUCAGGCUGCGGACCCGGCCAAUGCCAGACUGUCGCAGCUUGCACUUGACCAAAUGCGUGUCAUCGGAGAAGCACAACAACAAUGGGCGCCACUGCGACGGAAAUACAAUCUCUUCACUUACCAACACUCGCCCGAUCCCGCGACCGACAUGGGAACUCAGCAGAUACCUCUGGCGCAAACCGGACUGUCGAAUGCGCAGCAAGCGCAAUUAGCCCGCGCGUCAGAAGGAGGGCGAGAUCUCGGCGCGUACAGCCAAUUCGCCUAUGUCGAUGAGCCCUUUCUAUCAUGGGACUUUUCCCUGCGGUCCGCUGAUAGCCGCUUGAUCGGUUCCGUCAACCGUGACUUUGUUGGAUUUGCUCGGGAAAUCUUCACAGAUACCGGUGUCUACGCUUUGCGGAUGGACUCUGCAGCCCUCAAGCCCGCCGAAGAAGCCGAACAGAACACCUCGAUUACCGCCAUGACUCUUGACCAGCGUGCCGUUAUGCUGGCGACCGCCGUUAGCAUUGAUUUCGAUUACUUCAGCCGUCACAGUGGCUCUGGGGGCCUCGGGUUUUUCCCAAUGUGGUUUCCCGGCGGUGAUCUUACAGCUGGUGGUGCCGCCGCGGGUGAGGCUGGAGCUGUAGGUGAAGCCGCCGCCGGAACCCUCGGUAGAGGAGCCGCUGGAAGCAUGGCUGAAGGCGCUGCUGCCGGUGCUGUUGGUGCCGGUACCAUCGCAGGAGUUGAUGCCAUGAGGUCUAGAGGUGAGGCGGCCCAAAACCAACCGCAAGGUGAUACACCUAGUCAGCACUCGCAGGGGAACACCCAGACGGGCCCGUAUGGAGACACCUGGGCGCCGGAAGAAAAACACGAAGAUCAGUCUUCUAAAAACCCAUCGUCUGACAGUGACGGAGAGGAUGGAGGUGAUGGGGGUGAUGGGGGUGACGGAAAUGAUUGGUUUGAUUUCUUCUAA